AUGGGCUGCACCACUGGCAAACUGGCCUCCCAGCCCCCAGGAGCCCCGGCCCCUGGACAAGACAAUCAGGCCCUGAGCCAGCUGGAAGCCCAUGGGCCCAAAGUCCCGGAGGUCCUAUCCAGUCUGGAGCGCCUUUCCCAAGCCACGGGCGGCAUGGAGAAGUCCUGGUAUCGCUGCAUCUUCCCCUUUGGCAUCAUCUCGUUGGUGAUCGGUGUGUCGGGCACGGCUGUUACUUACACAUACAAUGACCUGCCCCUGACCAAAGUGGUGACGGUAGUGUUGCUUAUAGCCGGCCUGGUGCUCACACUGACCGCCGCCGCCUGCUGGACGGUCCACAAGAGAAAGAAGAGGAAAAAGAAAGAGAGGGCCUCAGGAGCCGGAGGAGGAGGAGGGAGCUCCUUUACCUCAGAGCAGUGCCCCUUGUGA